AUGGGUCCUUAUUUUUUGUCUCUUAACCAAUUGGGAUUCUGUAGCUCUAUGGAACCCAGCGAACAGAGAAUCCAGAGCUCUUCCGACACAAACAUUCCCCAACUCAUUCCUUCAAGAAUGGAACUCGAGAGAAAUGCUUUUGGGUUCGGGAUGGAUCCUUUCACUGGUGAUUAUAAAGUGGUUUCAAUUAGGGCAUACCACUGGGGUUCCGGCCUUGAUGAUGAUAUUCAUCCAUCAAGUUACUCUAAACACAUUGCUAUAUAUUCAUUGCGUGAUGAUUCUUGGAGAGAUUUCAAGGGUUUUUUUUUUCUCCGGAAUGUAGUGUUUCUUCCAUUUGAUGAACCGAUGCCGUUAAAAGGGAUACCAGAGCUAGGUUGCCGUCACCCAGGAACUAAUCUUGUUGGACACUAUUUUGGAGUCUACAAUGGCUCUCUUGCUUGGAUACAAUGUUAUCCAACACAUUACAUGGCACCAAACGUUUUCAACAUUUGGGUAUUGAAAGACGAACGUUGGACAAGAGAAUUAAGAGCUGGACCUUUUGAAGGAGCAAUUUUGCUUAGCUUUUGGAACAAAGGUGAGUUCCUCAUCCAAGUUGAGGAUGGGCAUUUGUACUUGGUAGACCCUAUUACCCGUGAGAUGAAGGAUCUUCGAACUGUGGCUUCUCAGGCUAUUGUUUACCAUGAGAGCCUGGUUUCUGUUCAGAGAAGAGACGCAGAAUUUGAUCAUUCAUAUAUUACAUUUCGUCUUAAGUUCGAUGUUUUCCGGGACUCGUACUGA